UUUGCUGGUGCUUGCUUUAUAGAUAUAGUGUUUAUUUUAUAAACUUGUGGAAUUAUUACAACAAGAAUUCUAAAUCUGGAUUUGCAUUGCUAAAGUGGAGAAACCAUGGCUCUUUACUGUGCCAUAUCCAAUGAAGUGCCAGAAGUACCGGUAGUAUCACCUUCAUCGGGAUCUGUUUUUGAGAAAAGGAUAAUAGAAAAAUAUAUUAUAGAGAAUGGUGUUGAUCCCAUAAGUGGGAAAGAACUCAGAGUAGAAGAUCUCAUUGAAAUCAAAACUCCUCCUAUUGUGAAGCCCAAGCCCCCAAGUGCCACAUCUAUACCAGCUACACUGAAGAGCAUGCAAGAUGAGUGGGAUGCUUUGAUGUUGCACACAUUCACACAGCGACAACAGUUGCAGACUGCUAGGCAGGCAAGUCUUAAUACACUAGAGUUGAGCCAUGCAUUAUACCAGCACGACGCCGCAUGUCGAGUGAUCGCGCGUCUCACCAAGGAGGUGACGGCGGCAAGAGAAGCUCUUGCUACACUCAAGCCACAGGCGGGCAUUGUUGCACCUCAGCCAGCGCACCAGGCGGAGGCGGGCGCGGCGGGGGCGGGCGCGACGGCCGCGGGCGGCGGCGCGGUGCCGCUGGGCAUGUCGGCGGAGGUGGUGUCGCGGCUGCAGGAGCGCGCCACCGCCCUCACGCAGGAGCGCAAGCGCCGCGGCCGCACCGUGCCCGAGGGACUCGUUGCGCCCGACCAGAUACGCGCCUUCCUCACACUCGCCUCGCAUCCAGGUCUCCACUCGGCUAGUGUACCUGGUAUCCUGGCCCUGGACAUCAAUCCUUCGGACCACAGCAAGCUGCUGACCGGUGGCAAUGAUCGUAACGCUACAGUUUUCAACAAAGACACCGAACAAGUGGUGGCCAUCCUCAAGGGACACACCAAGAAGGUCACCAGGGUUAUAUACCAUCCUGACGAGGAUACCGUUAUCACAGCUUCACCAGAUCACACCAUUCGUGUUUGGAAUGUACCAACCUUGUCGUCACGACUUGUGACGGAAUCGCAACGUGUCCGCAACGACUCGUCGGAAUCGCCGCAUUUUUUGGCGACGCGCCUCCCCGAGUGUAGUGUAGUUGCAAAUGAACACAAACAGUCACUCUCCGAGCAACCAAACGAUAUCGGCGUGCUAUAUCUCGAGCGUAUGUCGAUGCGCAGAUGCCAGAGCACGGCGGUCCUGCGUUCGCACGAGGGCGCGGUGACGGGCCUGUCGCUGCACCCGACGGGCGAGUACGUGCUGUCGACGUCGCGCGACGGCCACUGGGCGUUCAGCGACAUCCGCGCGGGGGCGCUGCUGGCGCGCGUGCCCGACGCGGCCGCCGCCUCGCUCACCACCGCGCAGUUCCACCCCGACGGGCUCAUAUUCGGCACCGGCACUGACAACUCGCAGGUCAAGAUCUGGGAUCUGAAGGAGCAAAGCAACGUGGCCAACUUCCCGGGGCACGUGGGCCCGGUCACCUCCAUAUCGUUCUCUGAAAACGGUUACUACCUCGCCACCGCCGCGGAGGACGCCUGCGUCAAGUUGUGGGAUCUCAGGAAACUGAAGAACUUCAAGACCAUACAGCUGGAAGAGGGUUAUGUGAUCAAGGAGUUGUGUUUCGACCAGAGCGGCACCUACCUGGCGAUAGCGGGCACGGACGUGCGCGUGUACCUGUGCCGCCAGUGGCAGGAGUUGAAGGUGUUCAACGACCACACCGCCUCCGCCACCGGCGUCAGGUUCGGCAGGAACGCGCAGUACAUCGCCUCCACCAGCAUGGACCGCACGCUCAAACUGUACGGCAUAGAGUAGGCGCCACGCUACAUGCGACUCGUUUGUGAUUCAAGUACGUGACUUUUUAGUUGUUCUAGUUUUUUAUCGGACGUUGAUAAAUGAAAUUAUUUUUAUACAGGGUUAUUUGUAGAUAGCUGACAUCAUAAACUACAACGUUCGAUCUGGGAGUUUAUGAAAUCAUAAUUGGAUAUUAUUAGCAUUGCAAA